GUUAAGUGAAAUAUAUAAAGUAAAAUAAAUUUUGGAUAUAAAUCAACCUCUAAUAGAAGUUUAAGAUGGCUAAAGAAGAUGAAUUUGAGCUAGAGCUUGGUGGGCCAGAGUAUACAGUGAAGGUCCAUGUGCCCGUCUCUCUUGCAUCGCAAGAAGAUCCCCAGGAGCUGGCUCACCGAAUUGUACAGCAUCACAACCUUCCUAUUUACAUGCAUCCAAAACUAAGUGAAAGUCUUCAAGAGUUUGCACUGCAAAGCAAUGAUGCAGCUCUUAAGAGGCCAGGCCGUGACCUGCUGGCCGCUCUCACAUCUCAUGCUGCUGCAGCACCUCUCAAUAUUGCUGCCUUCUGGCAACAACAGCAGCAGCAACAGCAGGAAGAGCCGGAGAGCAGUGAGGGGGAAGAAGCGUUGUUGUAUCACAGCUUCGUGCACUCCCGUGAAGGCCUUGCACUGCUGCGUCUCGAGCAUCAGUACAGCAAGGAGGUGGCCAUGCUUGUUAAGCGGCGCCAUGCAGCCAUCCUCAGCCAUGAUGCUAAACAAGCUGCAAAGUUGGCAGAGGCUGUGUCCCAGAGCUGCAGUGAUGCUCAGGUCAAUGCUCUGAGCAGCAGAGCUCUAGAGGCAUCAGAGCUGUUGCAUGCAGAGUGGGAGAGCUCCAUUACAGCUCUGAAGGAGCAGCAGCUCCGUAAUUUCAGAGCCGUUGUCAGGGAGGGCAGAGUUGCUGGCGCUGCUUCAGGUGCAGACGAGGAGCAGACAGAGGGCGUGGGUGCGGCUGAGGACGCGCCUCUCCUGCAGGAGAGCUUCACCAUCCACCUGGGCACACAGCUCAAGCAGAUGCACAACCUGCGCCUCAUUGCAGCUGAUCCCGUACACCUGUGUGACUACACCAGCCAUUCAGCUGCAGCUGAUAGUCAGUGGUGGUUGCCGCCACAACGCAUCCAGACUUCCCUGGAGCUGUACGGACGACAGCUCAGCGGCCUGGUCAACCUCGUGGAUGACAGAGUCAACUGUCUCUCUGGCACCAAGCUCGAGUUUGGUGAUGUGUGCAGCAGAGCUACAGAGCUGCACUUCCCAGAGCUGCAGGACCAGCUCGCCCACAUCAGGGAGCGUCUGCUGCCGCAACUCUGCAGGGGGCGCCUUAACCCCCCCGCCCCCGACACGCCACGACGGGAAGACAAACUGCAACCUGGCGACGUCUAUAUCACCAGACACAGCAACCUGUCAGGAGUGCACGUGGUGUUCCAUGUGGUGUGUGAUGACAGCGUCAACAGCAGCAGCAUCACAUCUCGGCACCCCGUCAUACUCGGACUCAGAAACGUCCUCAAGGUGGCCUGCUUAUGCGACAUCACAACGCUAUCGCUGCCACUGCUGCUGGUGUCGCGGCUGACGGAGGAGCUGAGCGCGGCGUGGUGUCAGCGUCGCGCUGAGAUCGUCUACAAAUGCGUCAAGGGCUUCAUGAUGGAGAUGACCUCGUGGGGAGGCUCUGAGAUGAACACCCUGCAGUUCGUGCUGCCUCAGAACAUUUCGGAGGCGCAGUUCCAGGCCCUGGCAGCCAUGUUGCCUUCCAUCUUCCGAGUGUCGAACCCCCUCAUGGCUGCCUGAUUUAAUCAUAUUCACAUAUUGUAAAUUAUAUUUAUAAUAGUUAUUCUGAAAUGUAUUGACGAAUUAGUAGACAUUUUCUUAUACAAUGUGGUACACGAAUUGGUUACACAAAUUAGUGACAUCGGAUUAGAUUAGAUGUGAAGCAGCACUUUGGUCUGGCAGUUAGUGUGUGAAUUUUUCAUAAGAAUUUAUUUAUUUAUUUAUUAAAUAAAUAAUUAUUAAAUGAUAUUUAUUUAAUAAAUGGCACUGGCCAUCAUUAAGAUUACACCAAGACUUGAGAGCAUUGUCGCAGGUAACCCUGAAGCUUGCGCCCCAUGGUUAACGAUGACACGAUUCAAUCGACUGCUACUGUACUACAUUAGAUAAAAUGAUGAUCCUUCAGAUGAUGUAUUGCAGUUAUACCAUAAUUGUGAGGCAUACAUUUACGUAAAAUGGCCGGGUUAAGGUCUACUUUGUUGUUUGUGGAAAAACCGACAUUCCAAAUGAGCCAAAGAUGUAUUUUUUUUUUAAAUCUUGAUUUGAGAUGUGUUUGAUUGCGGCUCUAGAUAUUGUUACAUAUUUGUUAUCAUCUACAGUAUUUUUAAAUAAGUUAUGUAUCUAAUAAUGCAAACUAUUUUGGUAUAAAUGAUGCAAACAUUAGGAAAAUAACUUAUUGUAAUAUGUAUUAGUAUCGUGUACAGUUCAACCGCAUGACAGGGGUGUUGAAGACAAGUUGAGUCCCGUUCUGUUCUCAUUUCAUUGGAUUGCAUGUAAAGACGUGUUGUUCAUUGGUUUGUCAUUAAACUAUUUCAAAUAGUCAAACAGAUACUUACAUGCUUGUAAAUUAGACACGCUUUGUCCCUAUACAGUCUCCGUGCUCAUUUAGCAUCCCUAGUUACUUUUCUUACGUCCAUAUACAGGGACCGAAAAUUCUCGUGUUCGAUUUCAAUAUUACCUGAACUUUUUAAAUUCUUAGUCUCGCAGAAGGGUUUGCGUCUAUAUUUCUCGUCUCUGUCUUGCUAAAUUACUUGGUAUUUUUGGAAUUCACCGGAGUUACCUGCGCGGUCCCUUCAGUCCAAUAUUCGCGGUCUCUUUUGUCCAAUGUUCGUAUAUUGUCAAUAUGUCCAAAAAAAAUGAAAACAAUUUUGUCCAAUAUCUCCUGACUGCUAAAAUGAGACCUGCAUAUAGGUACGCAUGAACUCGAGGGCUAUGAGAUGCGGUUAUCUUGGGCAAUAAACAGAAAUUAUUA